AUGGUAGAAAAAGAAAGAGGAGUUGCAAGAUCACCGACCGUUGAAGAAGAAGAUGCACUGAUGGUUCCGAAACCAAUUGUCAUGGUUGAAAGAAAAUGGGUGACACCUCCACCCACUGAAUCAGGUAGGGUUUUAAUUUGUUUAGACAACCUCCGGUCAUUACUUGAAAUGGGUACAAAAGACAUAAAUGCCCUUCAGCUCAGUCAAUUAAUUGGAAGGGAGACAGGUGGAAUAUCAGUUUACCCUUUCACAUCAUCAAAGCAAGGUUCAAAGAAUUCUGUUAGCCAUGUAAUUGUUCGAGGAAAAGCCAUGUCAGCAAACACAGAAGCUCUAUUUAACCCGAUGACAUGUGUUCUUCAAGAAGCUGAAUUUACAAAUUCAAAGCGUUUCAAACGUUACCUAGAAUUCUUGAAAGAUCUUGAAGGGAAAAUUGAAGAGAACUGGAGUGAAAUUUCCAUGUCCCGUGAAGAGAUUCACCAAACACUCCUUGCAAAAAAGAUUGCAUUCUAA